CCCUGGAGAAUCUCUUUCCUCGUCCAAUGGUUUUCUCUUAAACAAGAAGAAAUGAAAAACAAAAGAAGAAACGACGAGAGAGAGAGAGAGAGAGAGAUUCCAGAAGGAAGUGAUGACAAGAUAAUGACAACAUCCUUUCUCAAUCCUUCCUCUCAAUUCCUUUUGAACUCUCCUCCAGCUUCUUUGGGGUAUAUGACGGGGAAGCUUGAUUCAUAAAACUUUAACGUACUACCACUCGCCACCAGGUCCCCUAUCCCUUCCUUCUCCUCCUCUUUCUUCUUCUUAAUCACGAGACAGAGAAAGUGUUUAAGACUUCACAACCACACCCCACAAGUUUCCCUGAGAACCCAUUUGGCGUAAUUCAGUCUUACCUCUCUGGUAAUGGAGGAAGAGAUUGAUCGGCUCCCAACCGAUCUUCUGUCUCACAUAUUCGCUUUCCUCACUUCCUUCACCGAUUUGGCUCAGGCAAGCGGGGUUUGCAGGAAAUGGAAGGAAGGAGUGAAGCAGUCGGUGGGGAGAAGGCGGUGUUUGAGCUUUGCUGGGUGGAAGAUGGAUGAUGAUUCCACUGCCCGUCUCGUCCAUCUAGCCUUCUCCCUCAAAGAACUUGACAUAUCAAGGAGCAGGUGGGGUUGUCAAGUAACCGACGAGGGUCUCUGCAGAAUCUCUGCAGCAAACUGCGUCCCAAACUUGACAUCCAUCUCACUUUGGGGAAUGACUGGAAUCACUGAUCAUGGCGUCGUUCAUCUGAUAUCGAAAGCUAGCUCCUUGCAGCACCUGAACAUUGGUGGCACGUUCGUCACUGAUGAUUCAUUGUUCGCCAUUGCGGAAAGCUGCCCACAUUUGAAGAGUAUUGUGCUGUGGAGCUGCCGUCAUGUGACGGAGGUUGGACUCGUUAGUCUGGUAAACAAGUGCAGGAAGCUGGAAGCGAUGGAUGUGUGGGGAACUAGAGUUCCAGUCGACUGUUUCAUUGCUCUGCUCGCCAUGAGCCCAGCUCUGCACAUAAAGGCAGCUGGGUUGCUGUCCAACAAUGGUGGUGCUACCUCGGCUUCUAUGUUGCCUGUCGCUUGAGGAAAUUCGAUUUGUGUUUCAUUUGUAAAGAUUUGUUCUUUUGUAUUUCAAUUGUUUGUUGAAAUAAUUGCUCAAAAGUGCAGAGUGAUUGUCCUGCCAAUGUUCUGUAAAGUACUAAAGUUUUCCUUUUUCCCCCCUCUAUCAUUGUAUACACAGAUGUAAUAUAAAUGAAGUGAUCGAAAUUUGCUAGUGCUGUACAAACAGAUUCUGUAG